AUGAAGGGAGUGUGGUCCGCGCGCAGCAGCAGCUCGUGCUUUGUUCACGUCGGAGCUGCUUCUCGGUGUGUGACUACUUCUGAGGAUAAAAUGCCCAAGAAAACUCCCCCGCCUCCGUCCACCAGGAUGGGUUUGAGGAGCUUCCGCAGCGUCCCUCUGGUUCCCAUGGAGACGUCGUCCUCCUCCUCCGAUGACAGCUGCGACAGCUUUGGCUCCGAUGGAGGCUUUGCAAAUACGAGGAGUAACUUGAGACAGACGAGGAGGACGUUGGAGAAACCAAAAAAUUUCGGGGCUUCCUCGGAGGAGGACACGUGCGGCGGGUUUGAGGAGAAUGUGAUCAGCUGCCGGAUAAAAGCCAUGAAAGUAGACGCAGAGUCUCCAAGACGUGGCCGUAGGCCCAACCUCCUGAAGAUUGCUAUGCCGUUCCCCAACAAGAAGGUUGGCAGGAAGAGGCCUGCGUCAGAACCUCUGCCUCAGCCUGAAGGGCACAACUCUGAUGAGGAGGAGGAGGACUUCAUGAGCAAGAGAGCCUUGAAUAUUAAGGAGAACAAGGAAAUGCUUGCAAAGCUCAUGGCAGAGCUAAACAAAGUGCCUGGACUCUUCCCAGGAAGACGGAUGGCAAUGUCGGCUUCAACCACGCCCCGACAGACGCCUCGCCGGUCCCCGAAAACCCCAAGAGUUUGCAGAAGAAACCCACAGCGUUUGUCAAGACCCCACACGAGGUCCCGCACUCUGGUGGACGGACCCCCGAGCCCGGCUCCAGAGGAAGAACCCGAGGAUAAGUUCAGCCUGGUUCGCAAAAGCCGCUACUACGAGGAAGACGAUGAGCCUCCCCGCCGCCGUUCGUUCCACGGUGCCAAGGCCAUCCCUCAUGUAGUGCGUCCUGUGGAGGACAUCACGGAGUUGGAGCUGCAGAACAUCUGCCACACUGUGCGGGAUAAAGUCUACAGCAGCUCCUCUGGAUCCACUUGUCACCAGUGCCGCCAGAAGACGAUCGACACCAAGACCAACUGUCGUAGUCCGGAGUGCGUCGGCACGAGGGGUCAGUUCUGUGGCCCGUGUCUCCGUAACCGCUACGGGGAAGAGGUCCGAGAUGCUCUGCUGAAUCCGGAGUGGCUCUGCCCGCCAUGCAGAGGGAUCUGUAACUGCAGCUUCUGUCGGGCCCGGGAAGGCCGCUGUGCCACGGGCGUGCUGGUUUACCUGGCCAAAUACCACGGCUACGACAAUGUGCACGCCUACCUGAAAAACUUAAAAAAGGAAAUGGAAGAGGACAAGGCGUGAAGAAGAAGAGGCUGCUGCUCCUGAAGCCUGGCUGAUGAUCUUCAUUUUUAAAAAAUUUUUUUAUACAUGCACAUCUGAAAUAUUGUUCAGUGGCCUUUUAGCUCAGUGUUCCUGUUCAUGAAACUGAGCCUUGACUGACACCCGGAGCCAUUACGCUCCAUUUUAAAACCCGUUCUCAUGUUCUAAAGCAUAUGACCUGUUCUCAAAAGAUGAAAGUCUUUCUUACCACUGUUAUGUUUUAAACUAAGGUGGAUCAAUCUAAACUGUUAAGACGACUCCUUAGAUCCUAAGGUGUACGUUAUAUGCAGUGAGUACGUUAUAGCUGCAUCCUCCCGCCAAAAUAAUUGUUUAUAUGAACUACUGUUAUACAUUGUUUUAAAUGUAUUGAUUUUACACUGCCCACUUGGUUAAGAAUUGGCUUCCUUGGGCUGAAUUUUUGUAGUUGCAAAUGUACAGUGUGCUUGUGUUUUUACAAGUUGUUUUUUAAAAAACAAAAAAAAAAAAGCUUUUCUUGGGAUGUCCUGUAGAAAUGGCUCGCUGCCUAACGUGAGCGUGGUGGGUGCAGGUGGAAAGGGCAUUGACCGAGGUCCACUGCCUCCCCGCUCCUAUACCGAGAGAGGAACUGUGAUAUACUACAGCUCCUGGUUAAAUAUCCUUCAUUAGAUAACUGUCACUAAUGGUGUGGAAACAAUUAGCACACUCUAAUGGGAGUCUCAUACCUGUAAAUCAUUUUCUCCUGUUAAAGCACAUUCUCGCUCUGCUCCAGUCUCUUUGGCUCAUUUUCUGCCUUACGCUGUUAAGUAGGAAUGGUUGAAGGUGCCACUGAAGUGGCAAUAGAGUUAUGGCCUGCGUUUUCUGUUCAGGAGUGUGAUACUCCACGCGAAAUGACAUGGAAUUAACCUUUGUGCCGUUCAUCUUUGAAAUGUUCUUCAUUUGACCCGCGGCAGGAAAUCCUCUGAUUAUAUGAUACUGUUUCUAAAUAAUCAACAGCUGAGCUUUCUUCUUUGCGGUAAAGGCAGGUGGUGGUUAUCUCAACGCCGCUUGUGUUUAUCCAGCUCUGCGCUCUCAACGGUCGCCGUUGAGGGGAAAUCUGUGUAAUGGUGACGCUGGCUUUGUGCUCACCGGGUUAACUGUACACUUUCAUUAAAGCGUUAAUCACUGCA